GCAAUUUACGUAACCAUUACGGCAGCAAGAGAGGGUGCCCAUACGACGCCUUACCCCUCGCCCUUUCCGCGUUUCAGCCUUUUACACUUUAUGCUGAAAGCACAACAUGGAUUUCAAUGAGUUGUUUGACGAGCGAACGUUCAUCUUUUCUGACUUUCAGGAGUUUACGUUUCUGCCCGAGCAUGAGCAAUGGUCUGAGAGGGUGAGGAAGCGUCUUUAUUAUGGGAUUGAUUCUGACAGUCCACUGGAUGCUCUAUCAUGUCCCAUGACAGAUAUUGCUGUGGAACUGCUCCAGAAAUCGGCCCCAAGUCCUAUACGAAAACUCCACAAGAAAUAUGCUGCACAUGUGGCCAGGGAAGCAUGUAUAUCUCCCUGUGCCAUGAUGUUGGCCUUGAUAUACAUUGAAAGACUCCGACACAGAAACCCUGAAUACCUGCAAAAGAUCUCGUCCUCCGACCUCUUUUUAAUUUCCAUGAUGGUUGCCAGUAAAUAUUUGUAUGAUGAAGGAGAGGAAGAAGAGGUUUUCAACGAUGAAUGGGGCACUGCGGCUAAAUUAGAUGUUAAGACUGUCAACAUUUUAGAGAUGAACUUCCUGAGCGCAAUCGAUUGGAACCUCUUCGCCGAACCCAGUGAUUUCUUUAAAGUUCUCAGUCAGAUGGAAGGCAGCAUUGCAGAGCGGCAAGGUAUGAAGCGGGGAUGGUUUACCUACACGGAUCUCUGCGUUUUGCUAGAGCAAUCCAAUUGGAAAGAAGCAUUUACCGGCAUUUACCAGCACUUUACUAAGGUUACCUGUAUGUUGGGUCUCCUUUACUUGACAAGUGUAGCCGGUCUCAUCGCAUCUUCCACGAUGAUCCACCUUCUUGCUCGUCUUCCCAGCACCAGUCGCACUCAGUUGGGCUUGAUAGAGCCCGCGUCCAUUGAGACACCAGCACCUCUUCCAAAUCUCUCACUGGACACUCCAAACCAGACAUCAGAUCUCCGCUGCUGCACCCUGACCAACGACAGCUUUAAUCUGCACGCUUCGGUGACAUCAGAGCACCCGGGAUCCACAUCCAUGAGCAGGAACACUGUGCUGUGUCUGUGGAGCUCUAUCCUCUCUACACUGACCUACCCUAACCCCUCGCACAACCAACAACAAGACUGUUUUCAUUCUGAAGGGUUCUGUCAAGGUUUCCCGCCCCUUCAGUGCCGCGGACGCAAAAACACGACUACUGAUUCCUCUCUGUGGGGUAACCUCCAUACGGUACCCUGGUUUGGGUUGGCUCCUGUCAACGAAGACCUGGUGUUUCUAGACCCCCACCUCAGCGCAACGCCCACAUUUAAGAGACACCCAUGCUGCCGAGAGACUACUUUGCCAUUCGGGAAAUCACAAUCUCUCCUUAUGCCAGGCUAGACGAGGAUUUCUGCUAGGCUACAAGGGUUCUCUUGUAGCAAAUUGAACCAGCUUUGUUUACAUACGCAGUCAACUUCUUUUGGUUUUCGUUGUUUUUGUGGGGAGCAAUCAUUUAGGUUGCGGUGGGUAUAUAAGUAUGUUGGGCAGAAAGGGCUUAAUUCAAAGAAAUGUUGACGGUUUUAUUUUUGAUGUGUGUGAUCCAGUGCUCACGGAAAGGUUUUCUAUAUUUUCCUUUUGUGGACGGGUUAGUUGGGUUCUGGUGUUGGAUACAUAAAUCCUCCAAAAGUGUCAAGAGUAAAAAUAAUCGUAAGAACAAAGUUGUUAACAUCGACACCUACUGCUCGGAGAGAUAUUACAACCCCCAAAGUGAGAGAUUGGAAGUUGAACUGCGUGCUUUUGUUUGAAUUGUUUGCCUUACCUUGCACAACAUGCCGUAGAUUUGCUCAGGAAGGAUGUAUUGUUGUGAAGCUCCUUCCUGUGACAGCAUUUCUUUUCAGGUCAGGAAUUAGUGUACAUUUUUGGCUAGUUUUGCUUUCGCAAACAGCAUUGUGUCAAUUAGAUAAAUUAGUUUUGAAGUAUGUGUGCGAAGGAUGAAAUCCUUGGUAAUGCUUUAACAACAAAGUUCACACGCUGAUAGUUGAUGCCACGCUUUACCUCGUCCAAAACAAAAACCUUUGUCAUAGGAUGUGGCAGUCAACUUCAUGCCGUUUCAAUCCUCAAUAUUUUUAUAUUCUUACAUUGUGAUGUAUUAGUGCUGCCAAACAGGCUCAAUAAAUAGAUUCUGGUUCAUUGUUUGAUCAAAACAUGGUUGCGGAGUUCAGUUUUGGCUUUAUUUUAUGCGAUUGGUGUAUUCUGUAUUUUAGCGAGUGAUGUGUUAUUUAGAAUUGGACUCGAUGCACACCCUUUAACUGGUUUAGGGUAAAUUCUUGAGAACAUAUCUCCUUAAUUGUUGAUGGCUCAUGUAAAUCUAGCAACUACUUUUUUUCCUGUUCUAAUUUUGUAAAUUUUGUACAAACUGAAAACGAUAUAAAGCUGCAACGAUCACAAAAUGAUAAUAAAAUAGCAUAUAACCACAGAAAACGUGUCAUUCGUGU